GUAGACGGCCCCACUUGCAUUUCGCCUCACGAUUGAAGAUGGCGACUACGUUGAACCUCGUUGGCGCGGCCGCAGCCGCCACGGUCGUCGUCGGCGCCGCCGCCCUCCGCGUGAGCUUCGCGCCCGGCGACGAGCUUGCCGAGGACCGCCGCGCGGAGCCGCUGCUCGUCGAGGAGCUCGCGCUCCAGGCCAAGUACAAGUUUGAGGUCAUCGACCUGCCCGUGCCGAGCUCGUCGUCGUCCGAGUCCAUGAAGGUGCACACCAAGUACUACUACCCGGCCACCGAGUCGCCCAAGGGCGUCAUCGUGUACCUCCACGGCCUCAACUCGCACAGCGGUCGCAUCACCGAGUUUUACAACCGCAGUCUCCGCGACGGCUGGAUUGCGGGCAUGAUGGACUUUCGCGGCUUUGGCCGCAGCUGCGGCCGCCAUGGUUACAUUGAGAGCAUCGACACGCUUGCGGACGACGCUGUCGCGUUCGUGCAGGCCACGAAGGCCAAGUUCCCGGACCUCAAGCUCUUCGUCCUUGGCACGUCCAUGGGUGGUCUCACGCUUCUGCAUGCAACCUUAAAGAUGCCGCCGGGCCUCGUCGAAAGCUACAUCUUCCACGCGCCGCCGGUCGAGAUCUCGCGAAACGUGCUGCCGCCCAAGAUUGUCGAGCUUGUGGGCCGCGUCCUGCUGUCUCUUGCGCCCAAGCUGCCGCUGCUCAAGCCCCAUAGCGCACAUAGCAACUCGCCGUCGCAGGAAGCGCUCGUACACCACUCCAAGGCUGUGGACCCCAACUUUUACCAGGGCCGGCUGCGCAUCGGCACAGCGUACGCGAUGCUGAACGCGUCGCUCUCGAUCGGCGACAAGCUGCACGAGAUCAAUGUGCCGCAUCUGCUCAUCCACGGCACGGCCGACCGCGUCUGCGACAUUGCCGGCUCGGAGCGCUUCUUCGCCACGUCGGGCGCCAAGGACAAGCAGUUUGUCCGCAUUCCCGACGGCCAGCACAACUUACUCCAAGAAGAAGAAAAGUACUGGCGUCUCUACCUCGAUACGAUCGCCGAGUACAUUGACGCCCGCAUCUAAAACUCAAAAUGAAUCGUGGAAG